AUGGGCACACUGAAGGCCCUGACGCUCCCAUCUCCUGUGGAAGAAAGGGACCCCAACCCCAGCCCGGAGCAGCAAACAGCAACACCAUUGCCGCUUGUGCUGGGGUCGACAAACAGCAGAGCUGCUCUCCAGCUUUCCCACAUCAAGAAGUCGGGCACGAGGCAGGAAGAGGUGGGGGCAGAAGGCACUCCUGGGCUCUUCCAGCCUCCUAGGAAGUCAAGGCCAAGCCCCAGCCUCUGCAGGGCGCUGCGCCGGGCCAGGCCAUGCUCGCCGCUGUCCUCUCGCACCUGCUGGGGUCAGGGCUGGGCCCUCUGGAGCCUUCUGCAUGCAGCUGUCUGCACCUUCACUGCCACUGUUGGAGGGAGGCAUGCUCAGUGGGCCAGCGUCCUCUCCACAAAGCCCUUCACUGGCACCUGUGUGCUGUCACCCACAGCCAGUGGUGAAUGCUUUCCCCAGAGGGAAGCUGGCACUUCCUUUGGGACCCUCCACACUCCGGCCAAGCUUCAGGGAAGGGCUGGAAGCAGACUGGAGCGAGGUGUCAGGGUCAUAGGCCGAGACGGCAGAGGCUGCAUAGCCCCGUGGACCCUGCAGCACCAGGCCUUGCACCCCAAGGCGCAGCUCCUGGCCCUGCCUCCACUCUGCGAGCUCCUGUCCAUGUCCCACGCUGGCUGCCGUGACAGUGAUGGCAAGCCCGUGGCUCCAUACUCAUUCCUUCAUAUUCCGGAAGCAGAGCGCAGGCUUUCGGGAGCGUCCUCCUGGCCUCUUCCAACAGCUCCCGCGACCCUCGGUGUCUCAGUGUCCCUCAACGUUAACUCACCCUUGCUUGAGGGCCCAUCCUACCCCAGUGUGACCGGUGCCUCCCCCCCGACCCAUUGUCCAAGUCAGAUCGAGUUCUGGGGGUGCAGGUGCUCACACUGGGAAGCUCGCUGCUCAGCCCACUCCCCGAGGCCGAUAGAGAGUUGUGGGAGGAAGCAGUGCUUUCCUCUGUGCCCUGCAGUGCUCGGUUCUGCUCACGUUCCGUCUCCUCCAGGGCCCUCCCUUUCCGGAUGGCUCCACAGCUGACGCCAGGGACCAGGUCCACAAACCCUCACCCCAGGUCCACUCUAGCUCCUGACAAAGGCAGCCGGUGGGGUGCUAGUGACAGCAGGAGCAAAGGCGAAAGCAGGCUGCAGGCUACACUGGAUCUGAACCUGCUGCAACAGUUUCCUUACAUGUGUGCAGACAAACCGAAUCCCAGCCCUUGGAGGCUGAGGUUCGUGAGUUUGAGGCCAGCCUGGGCUAUAGAGCAAGAUCCUGUCUCCCCUCCACACGUGUGUGCAUGUGUGUGCUCACACAUACACACACACUCACACGCUCAGUUCCCAUUUUCCUAGCCUCAUCCAGCUAGUGCGUGCCAGGUGGAACAGUACAGAAUGGUCCUGGGGAAAUGUGACUCCAUCAGGCCGGACUCUGAGGGGGAAGGGGCCCGGCCACAGAAACCCAGUCCUCACCCAGUUACAGUGGAGGUGUUAAAGGCGGUAGGCGGAGGCGCACCAUCAGCGUCCGGGGCCAGAUUAUUCUCUGCACAGCAGGAGCAGGCCCCUCAAAAUCCCAGGGAUCCCUCAGGGCCCAUGGAGGCGCAAGGGCAGAAGGCUGAGCGGCAGUGACACACGAGGCAGACCUCACAGCCCCAGGGUCAGACCCACAAGGGGCACCAGCUCCCCUGGCUAUCAGGAAACUUCAGAGAUGGCUCCAGGCCUCGGCACAGGGUCUCGGGCUGCAGCCCAGGCUGGCCUUGAACUCCCAGUGAUCUUCCUGCCUCAGCCUCCUGAGUGCUGGGAUUACUGCUGUGCCUCCCCUGACUUCCUCAGUCCACAUCAGUUUCAGGAACCUGCUCUGCUGUCAGUGUCCUCCUCGAUCUGUGCUCACUGCACUUUGCCGGUCCUGGUUCCGGCUUUGGAAGCUGACUCUCUGACCUGAGGCGAGGAGAGAACCAACCACGCCCAGCAGAUUUGCUCCGCUGGGAAGAGUCUGCGCAUGCCUGCAGACAGGAACGGAGCAACAUCACUCGCUCAAGAGAAUGAGCUUCACACUCAGCACAUCCAAGCACAAGCUACGGACUGAAUGCAACUAGUAGGGAUGGAACUCAGGUCCUUUCGACUGCAAGGCAGGUGCGGUGCCCCUGAGCUAAAUCCCCGGCCCUAUACUACAUUUCUCAAGAAUCUAAAGUAAAUUACCAGCCGGGCAUGGCUGUGCAUGUUUGUAAUCCCACCACUCAGGAGGCUGAGGUGGGAGGAUUGGUGUCAGUUCAAGGCCAGCCUGGGCUACACAGUGAGAUGCUCUCAAAAGAGUGGCUGGAUGCAGACCCUGGGCUUCUUGGGUCAGUUCUACUGUAGUCUGCACACUGAAGGUAAUGCAGCCCCACUCACAAAGUUGCUGUGAGAAAUUAUCCAGCACAGGUGAAAAAAGUGCAGCAAACGGCCGGCUCCUCUCACACAGCGGCCCGCCGAGGCCUCCUCGCUGGCAGCAGGACUGUGUGCUCAGCCGCCCAGCCCGCUGUGCGUGGUGCGCUUCCCAUCCUGUCACAAGCACAGGUUGAUCGGGAGAGGAAAUCGGGCUGGGCUUCGGGAGUUUCUGUCCGGGUUGGUCGGCCCUGCUGCUUGGGGCCCGGCUGGGAGCGUGGAGGGACCAGCCCCUCCCCUCCCAAGACGAGGUGGCGCCAGGAGGGCGGGGAAUGCAUCUCCCUAGUCGCCAAGCUUCCCUCUCACUUCAACCUAUUUAGAAAUCAAAACCAAAAGGCGUGUUCACUUAAAAGAGGGUACAGACAUUCCUCAUGUGAUGACUGACUUCUGUUCCUGAGACGAGGUCGUUAAGUUCCUCUAGGUGAGCAACUGUACACGACAUGAACACUACAAGACAGUAUUCAGAACAAAGACAUGGCAAAAGGAAACUCCAACUUGAUGACUUGGCUUUUAUUUCCAUGACUCUUCCAUGCAGUGUUGUAAUGUAUAAGAGAACAUAAAACCACAGUACUGUACUGUACUGUACUGUACAAUCAGCCAGUUUGGGCGACACAGUGAGAUCUUGUCUCAAAAAAAAAAAAAAAAAAAAGACAUGUUGUAAGUCUCGGGAUAGCACACCUCCGUCAUAAGUCUGAAUGGCCGUUAAGCAGGCAGGCUGUUAAACAAUACCAAUACUAAAAUACUCAGGUAAUUAAGCAAUGCUUGUUUUAAUCUUAUGUCAAAGGUUAUUAAUAUUUAUGGAGUAACUAUUACAAUCAUUGAAAUUAUUUGGAAACGCACUGUAUCUUAAAACGUUUUUAUUAUGAAAAUGUGCAGGGCCCGGGGAUUCAGCUCAGUGGCAUGAUGCCUGCCUCACAAGUACAAGGACCCGAGUUCGAUCCCUGGUACCAAAAAAAAAAUGUGAAACCAAUGAAAAUAUUUCUAGCCACACACAUACAGAACAUUUACAUAUGUGUGUAUUCAAAUACAUGGAUACAAGACACAGGGCUGGGUCAGCUCAGUGGUGGAACACUCCCCUACCACAUGUAAGACCCUUGUGUGUGUGUGUGUGCGCAAGAUAUUUUUUUUUUUGGUACCGGGGAUCAAAC